AUGUCUACACCCACCUCCACCACCACCGAACCCGAGAAGGAACAAAUGUCCUCAGGUACAGCACUUGUCAGCCAAUCAAGGGAUGAGCCCCAAGCAGAAAUUGCACCACCGGCUUUCAAACCCGGCUUCCAGUUCUUGGCCAUCAUGGGAGGUCUGAGUGCCACUUCCCUGAUCGCAUCGCUUGAGAACAGUGUGGUGGUGACGGCGGGUCCAUCCAUGGUUGCAGACUUGGAGAUGGGUGAGGAGUAUGUUUGGAUUGCGAAUGCUUUUUUCGUCUGUUGGUAAGUUCUAUCCGCGUGAUUUGGCAAGAUGACAUUUGCUGACCUAUCUUCGUUCUUUAGUGCAGCAGUUCAACCUCUUUUCGGUCAGCUCUGUAA